AAUGAUCAAAGUUUUUCAGUUAAAUCAUAUAUACUUAACCCCAUCCUUAUUGUUUUGAUCAAUUAGCUCCCUCUUCUUCUUCUCCGCCGGCGUCCGUUAAUUUCUGCCUGUAUAUACAGGAGGAGAGGAGGACUCUUAUAUAAUGGUGGACACUGAAAUGCAAGAGCAACAUGUUCCUUCUCUUGCUGCUGAUGAUACCAAAAGUGUAGAGGAAGAGCCUAAAGAAGAAGCAGUCAAGGAACCAAACUCCCCUGUUCCUCUUGAGGAUAAGACUCUUACUUUGGACACUGAUCUUCAUUUACCUGAUGCUAAUGAGGAAGUAGGUGUUGAGGAAAGUAAUGUUGAUCAGUCAGAAAAGAAGAUUAGGGGUGAUGACGGUCAAGAGGAGAAGACAGCGGAGGAAUCAUCAACUCCUAUGAAGGGGGAACCAUCGGCUCCUCAAGUUGCUGUUGAAAAUGUUAAGAAGUGGAAGACUUGGUUGCUUAAUGACUCUGAGGCCAAUGAAGUUGAUGAAGCAGGGACACCAGAGGAUCAACAGGCGUUUAUUAAAGAAGUUGAGGCUUAUAACAAGGAGAAUUUCUUGGAUUUUAAAGCUCCUAAGUUUUAUGGACAGCCCUUGAAUUGUCUCAAGCUAUGGCGAGCCGUCAUCAAGUUAGGUGGCUAUGACGUGGUCACCACAUCUAAGCUAUGGCGGCAAGUUGGAGAGUCCUUUAAUCCUCCCAAGACAUGCACUACAGUCUCCUGGACAUUCCGCAUUUUCUAUGAGAAGUCACUCUUGGAGUAUGAAAAGCAUUUAAGGCUAAAUGGUGAGCUUAACCUUCCUGGUUUACCUGUUCUUCCACCUGCCGGCCUUGAAAAGGAGGCAAUUAGCCACCAAGGUUCUGGGUCAGGCAGAGCACGAAGAGAUGCUGCAGCUCGCGCUAUGCAAGGUUGGCAUUCUCAGCGCCUUCUUGAAUCUGGGGAUGCUACUGAGCCUAUUGUUAAGGAUAAAGGCUUGAGUUCUACCCCAAAGCAAAAGAACGUCAGAAACAUUGGGGUGCAGAAACAAAAAACACCAGCUGGCAUGGACCUUGGUUUAUCACAUGAAACAGACAAACAGUCAAUCGCCGAGGUUAUUGAUGUUGGACCCCCUGCAGAUUGGGUGAAGAUAACUGUCAGAGAAACUAAAGACUGCUUUGAGAUAUUUGCACUGGUACCUGGACUUCUUCGUGAAGAGGUCCGCGUUCAAUCAGACCCUGCAGGGCGGCUGGUAAUAGCAGGCCAACCUGAACAACUUGACAAUCCAUGGGGAAUCACACCUUUCAAAAAGGUUGUGAACUUUCCAGCAAGAAUCGAUCCGCUGCACACAUCAGCGGUUGUGAGCCUGCACGGUCGACUGUUUGUGCGUGUCCCAUUUGAGCAAUAGUGACGGAUUCUCAUCUCAAAGUGAUAUGGUCGUUCGUUUUUUAUAUGUUUCUUUGGUGAUUUCGACGACCUUUAUUUUUCUUAGGGGAUUCGUUUGUACCAGAAGGAACUAAAAAUGUUAGCAAAUGUGAUAAUGUUACUGUUAAAUUGAGUUCAGAAGAUUGAAGUAGAGAUGCCAA